AAAAGCUUUAACCAGCGGUCGCUUAGAGGAAGCUGGUGCAGAGCCUAGCUAGGGGAGAGAAACCGUGUGAGAAGACAGAAUCCGUGUGAUUUAAAAAAAAACGAAUAAAGUUCAAGGUCAAUAAACAUCUGCUAACGUGGAAGAAGGAAACAGGACAGGUAUCACCAGCAACUUGGAAACAUCUUUUCUCUCCCCUGGCUCUUCAGUGUGUAAAAAAUUGGUCACUAUAAAAAAUUAAUAUACCAUUUUAUUCACACACAUAUAUCUAUAUAUAAUAUAAUAUCUCAAAAUCACCCAGUGCCUCUCUACCUGACAAAGCAUUAUUCCUCCCCUGCAUCUUCACCAGUACAAAAAUUAUUCCAACACCAGCAACACAGAAGAAACAAAACUCAAGUUAGUCUUGAACUGUUUAGGCAAAGGCAGACUAAGUUAUUUAUCGUUGAGUCCGAUGCCUACACAAUCUGAUUGGUCUGAACUCUACUGAAAACUACUCUCAGAAAGUUAGUCCACUGAAGAGAGUUGUGUGAGCACCAUCAUGGCCUCCAUCACCCACACAUCCGAGCUUGAGAUCCCAGACAACCACAAAGAGAGCUGGCUGGCGCUACUUUCUGCUGCAGAAACAUAUUGCCAAAAGUCAGGCUGUGACUUGGCCAUACUUACAGCCUGUAAAAAGUUUCAGUCGUCCAGUGGAGAUGGGAUGAGGAAGUGUGACUUCUCCUACAAUGUAUGGGGUCAGGGGCUUUUGGCAGAGUCGGCGUGUCGCUACAAAGACGACAUUGGUGUGCUUCACUCCACAACCAUGCUAACAGCCCAAAAGCACACACGCCAUGUUGGGGUGGAGAGGGGAGCCAAGCUGAUGGUUGACCAGACCUCUGAGACUGGACAUAGGGUGAACUUUACAGGAGAUGGUGGGGUGGGUGGAGUCAGUCCCAACAGCAGACUGUAUUCCCAAAGCUACCCUUCAAUCUACAGCACAGGAGCAGUUACUGGGCAGGGUGCUGGGCCCAAUGGUAAUGAAGAGAGGGAGAGGGAGAAGAGUGUGCUGGAGGCUGAGCGAGAGAGACAGAGGUCUGGGAUUGUGGAUUUAGAAGAGGAGUGUGAAGAUGAGGAAGAGGAGGAGGACAUGGAUGACAGGAAAACCUAUGGGAAUGAAAGUGCUGGUGUUUUCUCUAUGGACGAGGACUCUCUGUCUCGGGACUGCGAGCCAUUCUUUGAAUCUGAUGGAGAGGAGGAGAGCACAGAUGGCUCUUUGAGUGAAGAUGCUCCUCCUCCAUCUCGUGGCAUGGCCAUGGGUCACAGUGUAUACUCGUUUCGUCAUGCCAACCCCAUGGCUCUGGCCCGCUCCCUACCUGUAUCUGUGCCUGUGUGGGGCUGUAGAGGAAACCGAGCUGCUCAGGGAGACGGCAACAGUGGCGAGCGGGUGGGCUGUGCCGACCUGGAGCACAUUGCUGCCAGUAUGAAAGCCCUGCUGGCACCUGGAGCCACAGACGGGACAGAAAUGUUUGGGGCCCUGCCACGGCCCCGACUCAACACGGGGGACUUCUCCCUCAAGCACUGAGCGAGUGAGACAAGCAGACGGAAGGAGAAAGGGAUUAAGGGGAGCGAAUUACAGUGGAAAAGGAAAACUGGGCGACACUGUUGUGACGGCACGGAGGGGGUUGGCCGAUGUUUGUGAAAUUGGCGUAAAAGAUGGUACCUCCACUUAUUUCUCACUAACCCUAAUUAAUGACACAUACUUUGAGGAGUAAUGGAAAAAGUAAUGUUGAUAUGAACACUAAUAACAUUUUCAACACUACCCCCAACACCACUGCCCUGUUACUACACACUCUCACAGUACAUGUCUCCAAACACUACAUUAGGAUUGGAUCUCAAGAAGUGGUCGACUCAACGUGAAGCUUGUGGCUUUUAAAAAAUGUGAGUGGAGGACACCAGCACCUCCACAUAAUAUGCCUAUUUGUACUUUUACUUUUGCCAAUGAAUGACUGACUGAUAGAAUGAUUGUAAAGCAAUACAGAAUCAUAGAGGACAUUUGUUUUUGUUUUUCUCCAGAUAUGUUAUUGAAUUGAUUGAAUGAGAAAGAAACCGUGUGCGUGAAAGACAGACAGUGAGAGAGAGAGAGAGAUGGAUGGUUUGAUUUAAGAAAAAAAAAAAAAAAUGGAACAAAUGUUCACAUGUGAUAUUAAAAAAGUUCCAUUAAGUUUUUGUUUCAAAUAAAGGAGCAACACCAAGA